UGGCAGACUCUCUCUGUAUCAAUUUACUGUCUCUUUCUUUCAAUACGUAAGAAGAGAAGAUUUUCCUUUCCUUUUUGCACUAUAUAUAUUGAGCCAAUGUGGCUCAUUCGUCACACAAAUUGGAGCUUCAUUUCAAGAUCAAAGGCCAUUCUUCCUCUCCUCCAAAAAGGUGCUCUUUUUAGAAAAAAAAGCUACAAUAAGAGAGGCCCACCCUCCUUAUCAAAGGAAAAAAUGGAAAAGCUGAACUCGAAAUUGUUGAUGGAGAACUUGUACAUCAUGCAGGAAAAUGAGAGGCUGAGGAAGAGGGCUGAGCUUCUCAACCAGGAGAAUCAGACUCUUCACACUGAGCUCCAGCACCGCCUCGCCAACGCCACCGCCGCCGCCGCCACAACCACCUCCACAAAGGCCAACAAGAAAUUCAACAAACGAGAUAUAUAGUUUUAAGGAGAAUUGGUAGUAGAAAUGGUCGAAAGUAGAUAAAUCGCUUCACUUCUAACUUCUUUUUUUUGUCUUGUUUAUCAUUCGGAUUAUAAUCUGGAAAUUAAUAUUUAGUUUUAUCAUUCAAAUGUUCGUAUUGUUGCACCGCCACUUGAUGGAGGAAUUUAUUUCUUAGUUACUCCAUUUUGCAAAUUAUUUAUGC